UAAAAUCCGAAGAAAAACCAGUCCGUUGAUCGGUUUUCUAACAAAUACAGGGCAUGCGUUUAUCCAACCCAGGUCCGAGCAGCCCCUAGACUACCAUGUCUGCAGCCUGGAUCCCGGUUCUCUGCCUUGGUGUCUGUCUGUUGCUGCUGCUGCCAGAGCCCGCGGGCAGCGAGGGAGCCGUUCCCAUUGCUAUCACAUGCUUUACCAGAGGACUGGACAUCAGGAAAGAAAAAGCAGAUGUGCUCUGUCCAGGGGGUUGCCCUCUGGAGGAAUUCUCCGUGUUUGGGAACAUAGUAUAUGCUUCUGUAUCAAGCAUAUGUGGUGCCGCCGUCCACAGUGGGGUAAUCAGCAACUCAGGGGGACCCGUAAGAAUCUAUAGCCUACCAGGUCGAGAAAACUAUUCCUCAGUAGUUGCCAAUGGCAUCCAGUCUCAGACGCUUUCCAGAUGGUCUGCUUCUUUCACAGUGACAAAAGGCAAAAGUGGUACCCAGGAAGCCACAGGACAAGCAGUGUCCACAGCACGUCCAGCAAUAGGUAAACGACUAAAGAAAACACCGGAGAAGAAAACUGGCAAUAAGGACUGUAAAGCAGACAUUGCAUUUCUGAUCGAUGGAAGUUUUAAUAUUGGGAAACGCCGAUUUAAUCUACAGAAGAAUUUUGUUGGGAAAGUGGCUCUAAUGUUAGGAAUUGGAACAGAAGGACCGCACGUGGGCCUUGUUCAAGCCAGCGAACAUCCCAAAAUAGAAUUUUACUUGAAAAACUUUACAUCAGCCAAAGAUGUUUUGUUUGCCAUAAAGGAAGUAGGUUUCAGAGGGGGUAAUUCCAAUACAGGAAAAGCCUUGAAGCACACCGCCCAGAAAUUCUUCACAGCAGACACUGGAGCAAGAAAAGGGAUUCCCAAAGUGGUGGUGGUAUUUAUUGAUGGCUGGCCUUCUGAUGACGUCGAGGAAGCAGGCAUUGUGGCCAGAGAGUUUGGUGUCAAUGUAUUUAUAGUUUCUGUGGCUAAGCCUAUCCCUGAGGAACUGGGAAUGGUUCAGGAUGUUGCAUUUGUUGACAAGGCUGUCUGUCGGAAAAAUGGCUUCUUCUCUUACCACAUGCCCAAUUGGUUUGGCACCACAAAAUACGUAAAACCUCUGGUGCAGAAGCUCUGCACUCAUGAGCAAAUGAUCUGCAGCAAGACCUGUUAUAACUCAGUGAACAUUGCCUUUCUAAUUGAUGGCUCCAGUAGUGUUGGAGAAAGUAAUUUCCGCCUCAUGCUUGAAUUUGUUUCCAACAUAGCUAAGACUUUUGAAAUCUCAGACAUUGGUGCCAAGAUAGCUGCUGUACAGUUCACCUACGAUCAGCGCACAGAAUUCAGUUUCACUGACUAUAGCACCAAAGAGAAUGUCCUAGCCGUUAUCAGAAACAUCCGCUAUAUGAGUGGUGGGACAGCUACUGGUGAUGCCAUUUCCUUUACUGUUAGAAAUGUGUUUGGUCCUAUGAGGGACAGCCCCAACAAGAACUUCCUGGUAAUUGUCACAGAUGGGCAGUCCUAUGAUGAUGUUCGAGGGCCUGCUGCUGCUGCACAUGAUGCAGGUAUCACCAUCUUCUCUGUUGGUGUGGCUUGGGCACCUCUGGAUGACCUGAAAGAUAUGGCCUCUAAACCAAAGGAGUCGCAUGCUUUCUUCACAAGAGAGUUCACAGGAUUAGAACCAAUUGUUUCUGAUGUCAUCAGAGGCAUCUGUAGAGAUUUCUUAGAAUCCCAGCAAUAAUGGUGACAUUUUGAUAACUGAAAGAAAAAGUGCAAGGGGAUGUAUAAGUUGUUUCUAGUAAUACUGAAAUACUAUAUAGCAUACUAAGAUCAGACACAAAACUAUUAAAGAUGGCAAAAAUGUAAGCAAAUAAGCAUUCAUUUAAAGCUACCUUCUAAUUACAGUUCAGACUCGAUUGUUCAAAACACUGCUGAGGCUUCAUAAUCACGAACCUUAGAAACUCAGGAAAGAGGAGAUAUCGUAGUUUAAAGUUUUAAGAAUUCUAUUUUAACAUGCAUAUUAAAUGUAUAGAUAUGCAAAUUCUAUAGCUCAAUAAAAGCAGCUGAUAUUUAGACCCAAAUCAUUCCUUCUCUCAUUCUGUAUUACACAUAUAAGGAAAAUGAAAGAGAAACACAUAAGGAAAAUGAGAAACAAAUAGAAAACAGCUCAACUUAGUUCAAAUAUAUGUUGACCUAUGUUGUCUUAAAACCAGUCAACAAUCUGCUUUUAAGAUGUUACUUAACAUACUAAAAGUUACUUAACAUACUAAAAGUUAUAAUUACAGAUGAAAUGGAAGCGAUUUAGGUAUCAAGCCUCUUUUGUAGUGUACUUUCAUAAUAACGUAACAAAUAUCACACUGAACAAGAUGGAAGAAUUGCCUGGUAUUUUUCUAUUUAUAGCCUUAAUUUUAUAUGUGUAUUGAUGUAUUUGGCUUAUACUCUAAAAGUCAACCAUGUAUUGAAAAAAAUAUUAAGUUGGUAAAUUUUUACUUACCACUUAUAAACACUUAAGAUUUAAAGAAAAGCACACCUUUCAAAGAGGAGAACUGCAGGAAAGAUUAUUCUACUUUGACUAUUUAAGCAAUAAAACUGCUAGUGACUAUUAUUCUAAGGUGCCUUACUUCUUAUUAUUCCAAGUGUCUCCCCCUAGGGCAUGGUAAAAAUUCUAUUGAUACAUUAACCACUUCGUGUGGAAAGACCCGAGUUUUUUUCUUAAAAUCAUGCAAUAAAACUAAAUAUAUUUUCUGUUCCAAUUAUUUAUUGAAUGCCUACUGUUUUAGGCAUUAUGCACAGCCAGUACCAGGUUAAACAGUUGAUUACUUGGUUCAACAAAGUUUUGUAAUUAAUAGUAUUUUUACUUAAACAUCCUUGUGAAGUUGGUUCCUAAGUGAUCAAAACUCCCUUUAUGUAACUAUCAUUACCUCACCAAGAACUCUCCGACGGAAGUGCUGUCAUAUCUUAUCCUGUCUUCUCUAAGGACAGGAUCUAUCCUCUCUCUCAUUCAUCUGCACACUCUAUUUCCCAUCACACAUACACUGAUCCUAUCUGAAAUGGUUUACAACCAGUUGACCUGAAAAAGGUGUUAACUGGUUGGAAAAUUUAUACUCCAACAAAUCUUUUGAGUUUAACAAUUUUAUAGCUUGUGUAAGAGCUUAUGUAUCAGAGAGCAGAACUGAAACUGCCUUUGACACUACAUAAAAAUUUGACCAAAGAGAAUAUGGGAAGUCAUGACUCCCCUGACUGCCACUGCCCCCUUUAUAAAGCUACAAAUAUGACCGAUUCAUGUAACGAGAAUUUUCAUUUAACAACACAAAUGGGUUUAACAUGUUUUUUUCCCAAUAGACAACUUUCAGCUGAGAAUACCACUCCUUAAAAAAUUAAAUGAAAACCCAGCCUCUAGUCAUUAGCUCUUUUAAAAAUUUUAUAAAGAACAAAGUUUUGAGGUAACCAGGGAAGUUAAUAUUUUGACUUAAAGAGCAGCAAGAGAGUAGAAGUGAACACUUUAUAUUUAAGUUACUAUUAUUUUUUAGAACGAAACAUAAGAUAAAGGGUUAACAACUAAAAAUAGAGUAAAAGGAUUUUUUAAAAGAUAUAAUUCAACUUUGCAAGCAUGCCUAAAUUUGUUAUGCUAGCCUAUUUAUAAACCUUAAUGCAUUAAAUGAGAUGUUGGUCUUCAGUGGAUCACUUACUUUGAAAUAUGGAAAAAGUACAUGAAUAAAUAUGAAAAGAGCAGAAUAUGAUUAAAUAUUGGGAAAGUCGACAUAUUAAAAAGUUUGUAUAUAAAAAUAAUCAAACUUUAUGUAUAAAGCACCAUUUAAUAGUGAAAUGAAUCUACAUAAUUUCCCAUUAAGUCACAAAUGGAAGCACACAAAUAAGAUAUUCUUUUUGCAUCCUUUUAGUCUCUUCCAAAUGUUUAAUAUUGUAGAGAAAAUACAACCAAAGUAGAUAAAAAUAAACAUAUAUACUAUUUUUAUUCAUUUCAGUU